CACUAACCACUCCUUCCCAGUUUCUAAAAUUGUACCUUUUCUUACUUGAUAAAACUCUCUUGUUAAUAACAAUGAUUCGCACCAUGUUUGCUUGCUUUAAUAGAAAAGUAUCACGUAAAAACGUGAAAGUAGAGCCACUAGAAGCCACAAGAGGUGUAUACAGGGAUGAAUUGACCAAAAAGCAAUCACCUAGCAAGGCAGUGAAGAAAAGUGUCCGGUUUGCGGAUUCAGAACCUACCGUAUUGGGAGAAGAGAGUGAAAAGGAGUUUGAGAAAACAAGGUGUGGGAGUGGCAAUGAAUUGGGAGAGAAAGAGGGGGUGAGAGUGAAGGUUAAAUUGACGAAGGAAGAAGCGGCUAGGUUGCUAUCAAAAUGCAAUGGAGGAGUUCUCGAAUUCAAGGAUGUUGCUCGUGAGCUUGUGUGGAUCCCUGUCAACCGAGUUAGUAUUGUGUCUGACUGCACGAACAAUUCGUUGUAGUGGGAAAGCUAUAUUGCCAGCUUCUCUUAAUAGGAUUUUUUCUAGUACGGUAUUACGAUUACAAUUUAUUUUGUUAAAGAAAAGGGAACAUUACAUAUUAGUGGAAUUUUAUAUUAAUAUAUACUUUAU